AUGUCAUUUGACAUUCAAAAAUAAAAAAAAACUCAAGACAAUAAAAUAACAAUGGUUAAUGAAAUGGUCUUUCUAAAUAUGACUAUUUAAUCACCUGUCAAAAUAACACCAUUAUUAAAAAAAUAAAAAACUAGAAAACAAUACAAAAGAGCUGCAACUAUCAUUGAUGAUGAUGAUUUAUAUAAAGGACCAUUUGAAGACAGUAGAGUAACAAGAAUGAUCUUUGAGAAAUAUAGAAUAGUUGAAUUAACUCGAUUCUGGUUUAUAAUUGCAUGUAUGGUGCUAACGAUUUUAGAAGUAUAAAUGUUUUGAAUUAGUAUGAAUAUAGUUUUUCAACAUUCCUUACGAAGACAAUGGAAUAAGAAUUGAAUGUCCUUUUGUAUCUAAUAUUCUAUAUGUCAAUAAUAAUUAUUUUGCUUACAAUUAUAGCUUACCUAAUAGAACUUGAAUAUAGAAAAUGUUCUAAAAUUAUUUCCAAUAAAGCAUCACUUAUAUAAACUAACUUAAUAUGGGGAUUAUUAAGUGAAAUUAUAAUUAUAAUUCCAACAUCAAAUCCUUUUACUAAAGGUUAUUAUGUUGAAUUUGAAUAAAGAGGAACUACAGAAAGUAGAUUUUAUAUGGUAAAUGAAAUUUUAACAUAUAUCAUGUUUUUCAGGCUCUAUUUGCUUCUUAAUUUAGGUUUUAAAUUUUAGACUUAUUAUUCAAAUCGAAUAGGAAGAGUAUGGUAUAAAAUUGAUAAAAAUUUAUAUAGUCGUUUAUAUUAGACUCGUUUUGGAACUCAUCUGAUGUUGAAAUUAUGUAUACGUUAAUUCCCUUUUUAUACUUUGACUUGGUUAUUUAUUGUUGGGUUUAUACAAUACACUUAUUAAUUAGAGAUAUCAGAAAGACCACUCUUAAGAACUUUUGAUUCUUUAGAUAAUUAUGGCUUAACCAAAAGUUUAUGGGUUACUAUGAUAACAGUAGCAACAGUAGGUUAUGGAGAUUUCUUUCCUUAUACUGAUUUAGGUAGAAUAGCAAUGACAUUGGGAUUAUUUUAUGGUGUUACCAUAACAUCAUUAUUUACAGCUAUUUUAUACAAUAUGUUAUAAGCAACAUCUGGAGAGUAUCAAUCUUGGGCUUUAUUGGACAAAGCUAUAAUAACAAAGAAUAUAAAAAAAGCAAGUUCAAGAAUAUUUUUUUAUUUAAAUGAGUUAAGAAAAGGAAAGAAAUUAUAAAAAGUUCAAGUGAUGAAUAACAAUAAUAAUUUAGAGGAAACAUUAUUUAAUUUAGAAAGAUUUCUAUAAGAUGUAGGGAUGUUGAAAAGGUAUUAAAUUAUUUAUUUAUUCAAUAGAAUGCAUAGAGAUAUUGAUGGAGAAGAAUUCUAAGAAAUGAUUAAACGAAAAUUUGGGGAUGCUAAUUGUAAAUUCAAAGAGAUUAAAUAACAAAUAUAUAAAUUUAGUGAAUAAUAAAUUUUAAUUCAGACUCACCUAUCUAAACUAUUAUAAAAUUCUAUAUUGGAAAAAGAAUAGAAUUAAAUACAAUAGAUAUAAUUUUCAUCUAUUUCUCAAUAGAUUAGUAAGAAAAAAAUAAGUACAGAAGAGGAGAAACUUAGCAAAGAUGAUGAAUUUUUCAAUAAUUUAGAUGAUUCACAAAGAGAUUCAUGUUUAAUGAGUUUCCAUGAUUGA